AUGUUCGGUGAGGUCGAGUAUUUGCAAAGGAACGACACGUCCUUCGCCGACACGUCCUUCGCAUCAUCUUUUGUUGUCACGCCCAUCUGGGCGAAGCUGCGAAACACUUCCGGGACGUAUAACGUGGUCCUCAUCCCGCAGGGUCAACACCUGGGCAUCAAGAUUCUGUUCGGCUUCGGCCUCGUCCCAGCAAUUAUGGCAGUCGGUGUGGCACUCUGCACCUUGCCAUGCUUUCUGAUGGAUUUAACCAGAGGCAAAGUCUUGACGCCAGUCGGGACGCGAGCAAAGGAGCCUCCAAAAGAAGACUCCUUGAAGGAGCAUCCAAAGGCAGACUCCGUGAAGGAGCCUCCGAAGGCAGAAUUCGUGAAGGAGCCUGCCGGAGAAGCCUCCGUGAAGGAGCCUCAAGAGGAAGCCUCCGUGAAGGAGCUUCCAGCAGAAGAUUCCGCGAAGGAGCCUCAAGAGGAAGCUUCCGUGAAGGAGCCUGAAGAGGAAGACUUCGAGGAGGACCCUGUCAAGUUCUCCUAUCGCGAGAUGGAGCAUCUCGAGCAGAUCGGGGAAAAGAUGGGCAUUAUUAUGGAGCCGGUCUUCGUUUUGCAGUCUUCCAACUUCACCUGGGCCACGGACCUUUGGGUGACGCAACUCAGCUUGGCCAUGUUUGCGGCAGUCCAACUCUGCGUCUCAACUGUUUUCCACCUCCGCCUGUUGCUGUUAGAACCUUUCAUGGUGUGCAUUGAGGUCGCAGAGUAUGCCAUGAUCCUGCUUUGUUGCAUCUCUCUGGUUCUGGGGAAGCGAGCGGCGGCGAAAACAACACAGGAGUAUGCAAUCUGCCCCAAGACGAUCCGAGAUCUGGACAUCCUGGUUCUAUUGAACAAGCAUCUUCGCAGGAUGAGCCUUAUGCCCUUUGUGCCGACGCUUCUGCUCAUCUACUGGUGCGCAGCUGCAUUUGUUGUGCAGCCCAUGAUCAAGCAAGUGAAGCAACAGUCCUUCCGUCUGGAAGUUCACGAGCUCUGGGACAGCCUCUGCAAGGCAACGUCUCUCCUCAACAACGAAUGCCUUCUGUACUGCUUGUUCUUCAAGUUCAUGGUGGACGCGUCUGUGCUAGCACGCACGGUGCAGUCCCACGCGGAGGCAAUUGCAGAGAAAAUCGACAACAAAGUCAUUGAGGAAUACAAGGAGUUCUUCACGAAGGGCAAGAAGAAGGAUGAAAUUGGCACCGAGUGGCUGGACAACCUGCACAUCUCGAUAGUCAGGUUGGCGAGAGUGGUACUGCCCAGACUCGGUACGAUUAGUGGGCCGAUCUUGGCCUUCGCGAUUUGCAACUGGGGUCUUGGGUUCCUCCGCAUGUUCCGACACUUGGCUGUCGCUGCCGGUGACGGUAUAACGGGCAACAACAUAAAUGCAGCCACCGCCAUUCUGCAGGUGCUCUUCGUGCACCUCCCUAUUGGCUUACUGUGCCUGCUUCCUCUUGCGCAGGUGUCAGAUUCCUGUGAUGUACUGCAAGAGAAGGUGAACAACCUGCGAGAAGUGGCGCAUCCCAGCGAUAUAGACCCCAUCGAUCGGACGGAAGCCUACAUGAAAGGUGCCAACCGCGGUCAAGGACUUGGCUAUCAACUGUAUGGCACGGGCACUUGGGACAAAACGGCAUUACUCUCCAGGUGCCUGUUGAUUUCGCUCUGUACGUCUGUGCCCUGA